AUGGGGAGGCAGCGUUUCAGUGUGUCAGUCCCAGUGGGUCAGUCCCAGUGUGUCAGUCCCAGUGUGUCAGUCCCAGUGUGUCAGUCCCAGUGUGUCAGUCCCAGUGGGUCAGUCCCAGUGUGUCAGUCCCAGUGUGUCAGUCCCAGUGGGUCAGUCCCAGUGUGUCAGUCCCAGUGUGUCAGUCCCAGUCCCAGUGGGUCAGUCCCAGUGUGUCUGUCCCAGUGUGUCAGUCCCAGUGGGUCAGUCCCAGUGGGUCAGUCCCAGUGUGUCAGUCCCAGUGUGUCAGUCCCAGUGUGUCAGUCCCAGUGUCGUCCCCAGUGUGGUCAGUCAGUCCCAGUGGUGUCAGUCCAGUGUGUCAGUCCCAGUGUGUCAGUCCCAGUGUGGUCAGUCCCAGUGUGUCAGUCCAGUGUGUCGUCCCAGUGUGUCAGUCCCAGUGUGUCAGUCCCAGUGUGUCAGUCCCAGUGGGUCAGUCCCAGUGUGUCAGUCCCAGUGGGUCAGUCCCAGUGGGUCAGUCCCAGUGGGUCAGUCCCAGUGUGUCAGUCCCAGUGUGUCAGUCCCAGUGGGUCAGUCCCAGUGGGUCAGUCCCAGUGGGUCAGUCCCAGUGUGUCAGUCCCAGUGGGUCAGUCCCAGUGGGUCAGUCCCAGUGUGUCAGUCCCAGUGUGUCUGUCCCAGUGGGUCAGUCCCAGUGUGUCAGUCCCAGUGGGUCAGUCCCAGUGGGUCAGUCCCAGUGGGUCAGUCCCAGUGGGUCAGUCCCAGUGUGUCAGUCCCAGUGUGUCAGUCCCAGUGUGUCAGUCCCAGUGUGUCAGUCCCAGUGUGUCAGUCCCAGUGGGUCAGUCCCAGUGGGUCAGUCCCAGUGGGUCAGUCCCAGUGGGUCAGUCCCAGUGGGUCAGUCCCAGUGUGUCAGUCCCAGUGUGUCAGUCCCAGUGUGUCAGUCCCAGUGUGUCAGUCCCAGUGGGUCAGUCCCAGUGUGUCAGUCCCAGUGUGUCAGUCCCAGUGUGUCAGUCCCAGUGUGUCAGUCCCAGAGGAAGCAGGAGGGGAAGGCUCUGUCAGCACCGCGCUUGA